CUCCGUCUAAACUGUAGCUUUGUUAUUUUUUUUUCCUUUCCAAGAAUUUCUUGUUCGCAUAAACAAACGAUACACAUUUGGAUGUUUGGAAAUUAGUGAAUUAACAACAUUGGGUGACAUUGAAUUCGAGUACCAGGGAAAAAUGCUCGCUUUGAAAGAUUACGGUAGUAGCGACGAUUGCAGCGAGGCGGAAAGUGACAAUGAAAAUGAAAAAAGUGAGGUUAAUCGUAAUUUGGACGCAAACGAUGUUUCUGCCGUUGAUUCUGUGCCUGUGGGAAACUUAACUACGUCCGUUAUCACGCAGAUUUGCUCUGCGCCCGAAGUGGUACCAACGGGAACUGAAUUAUGCGUAAGGCAUAUAGAUUCAACCAUGGACGAAGUCAUGCACAAUCCAAAGUUUGAAGAGCUCUUUGCUCCAGAUAUUGGACCAGAGAAUCCUUUUAAAACACAGCAGCAACGUGCUGCGAAAAACAUGCUAUCCGGAUAUGUAGAAAAAGCACACAUAAGUGAAUUUCAAUUUGAAAAUCAAAGAAGGACUUUUGCCAGUUAUGGGUAUGCAUUGGAUCCAACUGUGGAUGGUAGUGCAGAUGAAGGUAGAACGAUUAUCGGAGCGAAAGAAGCAGCAGAAGAAUGUGGUGCCAAAACUGUGUUUGAAAGUACAGUGCUAAGGCCUUUGGAUAAAAGAAAGCGAUGUAGAAACAAUGAUGCCGCAGAUAUAGAAGGGUUUUUAGGUCCAUGGGGUGGAUAUGUUGAUGAAAAACGAGUUAUAAAACCAACGGAUGAGGAAGCUGCUGAACUUGAGGAGAUAUUAGCCAAAAGAAACAGAAGAGGAAAACCAACAGAAGAAAAACCUCUCGAAGAGAAAACAGUAUUGCAUAUCAAGGACAGCGUGGAUUAUCAAGGAAGAUCGUUUUUACACGCGCCUCAAGAUGUUGGAGUAAAUUUACGAUCCGAGUCACCACCUGAUAGAUGUUUCUUACCCAAAGCACAAAUUCAUACUUGGGAGGGUCAUACUAAGGGUAUUUCUCAGAUUAGAUGGUAUCCACGUACGGCACAUUUAUUACUCUCCUGCGGUAUGGAUUGCAGAGUUAAGUUAUGGGAAGUUUAUAAAGAGAGGAGAUGUAUUCGAACCUAUUACGGCCAUCGUCAAGCUGUUAGGGAUAUAAGCUUUGAUAACGAUGGAAAAAGAUUUUUGUCGGCGGGAUACGAUCGUUACGUGAAGUUAUGGGACACGGAAACUGGUGCCUGCAUAAGUCGAUUUACAAGUAGAAAAAUUCCAUAUUGCGUGAAAUUUAAUCCGGAUCCGGACAAGCAACAUCUGUUUGUGGCAGGCACUAGUGACAAAAAGAUUAUUUGCUGGGAUGUUCGUUCCGGCGAAGUAACGCAAGAGUAUGACAGGCAUUUGGGAGCAGUGAAUACGAUAACGUUCGUAGAUGAGAAUCGACGAUUCGUAACGACUUCGGACGAUAAAAGUCUACGAGUUUGGGAAUGGGAUAUACCAGUCGACAUGAAGUACAUAGCCGACCCUUCUAUGCAUUCUAUGCCAGCCGUUACGCCUUCGCCAAAUCAAAAGUGGCUCGCAUGUCAAAGUAUGGACAAUAAAAUUGUUAUAUUCUCAGCAUUGAAUAGAUUUAAAAUGAACCGUAAAAAAACAUUCACGGGUCAUAUGGUUGCUGGUUAUGCGUGCGGCUUAGAUUUUUCACCCGAUAUGAGUUAUCUCGUAUCGGGAGACGCGGACGGCAAAUGUUACAUCUGGGAUUGGAAGACGACAAAGUUGUACAAAAAGUGGAAAGCCCACGACGGUGUGUGUAUCGAUGUAUUGUGGCAUCCGCACGAGCCUUCGAGGCUCGCAACGGCUGGUUGGGAUGGAAAAAUAAAGUAUUGGGACUGAAAGAGUCGAUGGUUGCAUUUUUACAAAACUGUGUACUUGUAUUUUAUAUAAUAUAUAUGUAUAUAGAUUUAUUUCACGUGCAUACUUUUAAUCUUGUCACGAAAAAUAAAAAGAAAUAAGAUCAUAGAAA